CCGAGGCCGCGCCCCGCCUCCUCGGAGGCGCCCCCGUGCGAGCAACACCCCGGGGCGGGGCGCGGAGAGGGAGGGCGGCGGGGCACGGAGCUGCGCGGCCACUCGGGACACAGCGGCGCGUGGCGCAGGCGCCCUGCCUCACACCCUGGCUAUGUGUAGUUCUGAGGAGGCAGACCUGCUUCGGCUGGAGGAGGUCUUCUCAACUACCCUUGCCCGCACCAACAGUCUCAUUCUCCAGCCGCUGCUGUUAGCUGACCCCGAACCCUCAGACCUCUGUGGCAGAGAGUGCCUUCGACUUCUGCAGCAGCUGCAUGAAAGUACCCAGCGGUUAAUGGAGGUGACGGAACAAAGCCUGCAUUCGCUGCGGCAGAGGCUGUACCACCCACCCUCCAUGGGUCUGGAGGCCCUGCUGUUGCUGAAGAACACUGACCAUGUCCUACAGGCCCACAUGGAGUACAUCAAGUCCUAUACCGACUGUGUGGUGAUGCAGGCCUUUCAGAAGGUUUCAAAGAGGAGGAGUGACUACUGGAGGAGCCAGCGGAAGACCCUGCGGCAGCUGCUGUCCUGUGCCAGCUCUGAGGGCUCGGUGGACACUAUGCUGUGCCAGGCCCUCAGCCAGCCACUCACCCAGCACGUGCAGAAAUAUGUGCUCCUCCUACUGAGACUCAGGGGCACCCUUGAUGAGCACCACCCAGCCCAGGAGCGGGUGAUGCAUGCAGUCACUCUGUUUGGGAACCUGGAGUCCUUCAUGAGGCAGGCCUUGGACCAGGCUGUGACCACACAGGCCCUGUGGCAUAGUCUCAGCAGCCGGGUGAGGGACGUGCUGUGUACCCCUGCCCACCGACUCCUACAGGACAGCCAGGACAUCGCUGUGGUGGUCACCCCGCUACGGGCUGAACGUGUGCUGCUCUUUGAUGAUGCCCUUGUUCUGCUACAGGGCCACAAUAGCCACACUUUUGACCUGAAGUUGGUGUGGGUAGAUCCUGGCCAAGACAAGUGUGUGCUUCGCAUCCUCACACCCGAAGAAGAGUUCUCCCUUUGCUCCAGAGACCCCCAGGGCCAGGUUGUCUGGCGGCAGAAAGUGACCCACGCUGUGUGCCAGGCCCUGCGUGGCAAGAAGGACUUCCCUGUGCUGGGGUCAGGCCCGGAGUCAGCUGUACCCCCUGACUGCCGCUGUGUGGCCUAUACUUUCCGCCGCGAGGGCCGGCUCUACCAGGCUACCUAUGAGGGUGAUUGGUGUCGGGCCAAGCCCCAUGGCAAACCUCACCUGUGUUCCAGGGGAACCCUGAAGUGGCCAGAUGGGCGGAACCACGUGGGGGAUUUCUGCCAGGGCCUGGAGCAUGGCUUUGGCAUCUGCCUGGUGCCCCAGGCCUCUGAGGACAAGUUUGACUGUUACAAGUGCCACUGGAGGGAAGGCAGCAUGUGUGGCUAUGGCAUCUGUGAGUAUGGCACUGACGAGGUGUACAAGGGCUAUUUUCAGGCUGGCCUUCGGCAUGGAUUUGGUGUCCUUGAUAGUACCCCGCAGGCCUCCCAGCCCUUCAGGUACACGGGCCACUGGGAGAGAGGCCAGAGGAGUGGCUAUGGCGUUGAGGACAACAACGAGAGGGGUGAGCGCUACAUUGGCAUGUGGCAGGCUGACCAGCGUCAUGGCCCUGGGGUCGUGGUCACCCAGGCAGGCGUCUGCUAUCAAGGCACAUUCCAAGGGGACAAGAUGGCCGGCCCAGGCAUCCUGCUGUGUGAAGAUGACUCUCUGUACGAGGGUACUUUCACCAGGGACCUGACGCUCCUAGGGAAGGGCAAGGUCACCUUCCCCAAUGGUUUCACCUUGGAUGGUUCCUUCAGCGGUGGGACAGAUAAAGGACUGUACACACAGGGAGUGCUGGACACAGCCGCUCUCCCGCCCAACCCAAGCAGCACACGCAGGAGACAGCUGGGGCUGGGUGCCUUCCCUGUGGAGAGCCGCUGGCAAGGAGUCUACAGACCCUUCCAGGACUUCGUGCAGUCAGGCUGUCCUGGGGAACUGCAGGAAGCCCUGCUGGGCUUCCAUGUGCAGAGCUCCAGGGAGCUCCGUGAACCCCAGGAGUACCUGUGCUGUGACAGGAGCCACCCCAAGGACUGUGCGGGCAGCAUGGAAGAUAUCCUGAAGGAGCUGCUGCUGCACCGCGAGCCCCAGGCCCUGCAGCAGUACCUCAGGAAGGCUCUGAGCAAUCCCCGACACCCGCUGGGGAAGCUACUCCGUACCCUGAUGCUGACCUUCCAGGCUACAUAUGCAGGCAUAGGAGCCAACAAACACCUACAGGGGAUGGCCCAGGAGGAGGUGAAGCAGCAUGCCCAGGAGCUUUGGGCUGCCUACAGAGGUCUGCUGACGGUUGCCUUACAGCGCCAGGGCCAGACCCUGCAGGAGGAGGACGUGGAGACAAGGGACUUGCAGGUGCAUGGGCUGUUGCUGCCCCUCAUCUUGCCCAGCUUCUACUCAGAACUCUUCACACUCUACCUGCUUCUUCAUGAGAGAGAGGACAGCUUGUACAGCCAGGGUAUCACCAACCUCAGCCUGUUUCCCGACACAAAGCUGCUGGAGUUCCUGGAUGUGCAGAAGCACCUGUGGCCCCUCAAGGACCUCUGGCUGACGAGCAAUCAGAGAUAUUCCCUUGUCCGGGACAAGUGUUUCCUGUCAGCCACGGAGUGUCUGCAGAAGAUCAUCACCACAGUGGACCCUCGCGAGAAGCUGGAGGUGCUGGAGAAGACCUAUGGGGAAAUCGAGACCACGGUGUCGCGGGUGCUGGGCCGGGAAUACAAACUCCCCAUGGAUGACCUCCUGCCUCUGCUCAUCUAUGUGGUGUCGCGAGCUCGAAUUCAGCAUCUGGGAGCUGAGAUCCACCUGAUCCGUGACAUGAUGAACCCCAUCCACACAGGGGGCCUCCAUGACUUCCUGCUCACAGCCUUGGAGUCCUGUUACGAGCACAUCCGGAAGGAAGACGUGCGGCUGCACCGCCUGCCUGGCCACUGGAACUCUAGGGAACUCUGGUGACAUGGCCACUCUGGGCCAAGUGCAAAGCUAGGGGCCGCAUGGUUGCCAUGGACUUUGGUGGAGCAAGCACUACCCACCUGCCCCCCAUUGCCUGGGUUGGGGCAGGCUGUAGAGAUGGUGUUUUGCUUCCUACAGGGACACACUCAGCUGCUGCAGUAUGACCCCAUAGCGGAUAGCUCUCUGUUGGCCUCUGGUCUGGGCUUUGAUCAUCUUGUCCCCGGAUGUAGCACCAUCUUGGGUGAGAGCCCCAGCUUCACCCUGCCUCCGCCCUUGCUCAGUAGCUGUCAGUCUCCGGACUGCGUGCCUGUGAUGGUGGAGAUGAUUCCAGCAUUCUGCCAGGCCAGUUCACUGAGCGCAGCAGCCGUUCCCCAAGGUCUGGCUUCAUCCCGUUGUUUGGACUGAAAUGGAAAUUCUCACGUUACUGUUCAUCUCAUUUCUGUUUCUCUGCUCCUGGCUAGAAGGUCCCAAGCAGCAGAAGACUGUCUGUUCGUUCCUUUUCCCAUGAGUCCCCACCAGGGCCUGGGGACCUGCCUCCUCCUCAGCUGGGCUUCAGACUUCAGCUGGCCUCGCAGGAGGACCCUGUGGCAGGAACACCUCAGCUCUGUGCCAAGCUGCCUGGUUGCCUCUGGCAGGCCCUGCUCUUGGCAAAGGCAUGGGACGUAGACAACAGCAGUCACUCACCUGGCCUCGCUUGCCAGCAGACUGCAGGUGACCCAUAAAUGACAUACUCGAGACACUGUGGCCUCUCUGUGGGAGGGACAGCAGGGAUGUUAGAGACUUGCUAGUGCCCUGACAUGAACAUCUCUGGCUCAGGACCAUAGGUGAGGCUGGGCACAGUGCUGGGCUCUGGGUCAUUGUGUCUAGCUCCGGGAAUUCAGCCUGUGUGGGAAGAGGCAAGGGAGACAUUGAGAAAGGAAGGUACACACCCAAGGCCAGGGCUGAGGCCCGUGUGAGCACUACUCAGGGAGGAUCACCUUCAGAGCCGCUCAGAAAAUGUAAGCGCUGUGUGAAGAGAGGCUGUUUUUCUCCUUUGCUGUCAUCUCUGGCUGGAUCCACCAAAUGUUCCAGCGUGAACAUAGGGCCUGGGCUUGAGUUCUACCAGGAACUUGUGUCCCCAGGAAGGUCCUUGGAAAGGUCACAUUGAUGGAGGCCCUUCUCUCAAAGGCAGCCCUGAGUGCCUGUGACUCGGUCCAGCUGUUGACAACACCCUGCCACCCACUCUUCUGCUUCCAACACUAACUGAACUUGGGCCUCUGGUUCUUGUGGGUCCGCAGGGUUUCCACAGUGUCCUGGGAGGUUCCAGGAGCAGCCAGGGCUGUAGCACACCCUUAGGACAAAAUCAACAUGGAGGAGGAUGCAGGAGGAAAAGUGACCGACAGUGCAAGUUGGUACCAGUCACCCACAUCUGGUGCAUCCGGAGGCUGGCGGGGCCAUCUCGGUGAUGGACUCUUUUAUAGCCUUUAAGUGUCCAGCCUAGAACACCUCCUGGCUUUUGACAUGUGAGCCAUGCAAGAGGGCAGUCUUGGGAGGUCACGGUUGCUUGCUGUCAUCAGUACCUUUACUGCCAUAAGAGAAUCCAAUCUGCAGACCAGAUGUCACUCCACUUCACUUUGUGGCUUCCUAGAAAGUAGACCUGGAGUCCGGAGGGAAGACUGAAAGAUGGGACAUGGGGUGGUUGGCGUCUCUUACAUCUAUGCCGGCCUUCUUCAUUUCCCCUCCUGCCUCAUAUUGGUUUGAUAUUUUGCUAGCUGCCCCUCUGGGGGAUGGUCACAGUUACAGUCUACUUAUUCUGGAUUUUAAUAAAUCCAUUUCAUCUUUGUGUGUGUGUGUAUGUAUGCAUGUGUGCACAUGCGUGUGCAUGUAUAAAAGCAAAAGCUAAUAUAAGGCAUCUUCCUUGACCAUUUUCUACCUUAUUUUGGGGGUAGGGUCUCACCUUGAGCCUGGGGCUCACUGAUUCACCUAGACUGGCUCACCAGCGAGCCAAAAAGGUUCUCCUUUCUUUGCCACCCACCGCAGGUCUGCGGCUGCAGGUGCACACCUCUGUGCCCACUGGGUGCUGGGAACAGAAGUCAGGUCACCAUGCUUGCACAAGUGCGUUACUGACUGAGCCACCUUGGGUUUCCCACACUCCACCUUCAUGGCACCCUCCUGCCUGUGGGGGACAGGGAGCAUGUAGUGCUCACAAGUGUUCAAAUAGCUGUCCCCUGGUGGAAGUUUUAGACAUAUAAGAGAGGCACGGGUCAUGUUCGGAAGCAGUAAUGUUGGGAAUAGAGAGUUUGCUUUCGCUCUGUAAGUGGGGAUUGUGUCCUUCCCACAAAGGGUAUGUAUUGUGUGCUUCGUUCAGGGGUACUUCCGGGAGGUCAGAGGGUCCACAGAGUGCUUGCCAGAGCUUGGUAGAGUUGAACUAUGCAUCUAGUGUUCCUUUAUCAAUCGGCUGUGAAUCUGGUGUGUGGGCACAUUUGUCAGGUUCCCUGGACUUUAUGUGUUGGGUUUUGGUCCAGUCUUGAACACCAAAAUAUUGCCAUGCCUGCGUGACAUUGUGUUUGGGUGGCUGUGGUCCUUGCCUGGGCUUACAUAAUCAGGCAUCUUGUUUAUUUGUUUUUCGAGACAAGGUUUCUCUGUGUAUCUUUGGCUGUCCUGGAACUCACUUUGUAGACCAGGCUGGCCUCGAACUUGCAGAGAUUCGCUUGUCUCUGCCUCCAAGUGUUGGGAUUAAAGGCGUGCACCACCACUGCCCAGCUAAUCAGGUAUCUUGAUGCUUCCACUGAUACUCAUUGCCAGGGGCUCCUUCUCCAUAGUCUCCAUGUGAGGCAUGAACAGAGAGUAGGCCUGUGCUAGCCAGGGCCAUAAUGUCUGUCUUUGCAUGGUUUGGGCCUGCAUCAUCUGGCUUCCACUGACAGGUACCAGCUGACACUGGGUAGCCCACUGGCUAUUGGCUGUCCCUUGGUGAAAAUGAACAUGGCGUGUUUUCUUGGAGGAUCCUUUCCAGGGCAAACAUUGCCGAACGGACCUAUACUCAUAAGGUAGUUCUUCUUGUUAUAGUUUUGGUUUGUAACUAAAGUCCUGGUAGGCCUUUUAAUUAAGCUCAUUUAUGUCAGGCCCAGGCUUUCUCGGGGACCUUGGGGUUUGCAGAGAGCCUAAGGUGCUGUACAGACCUACUGUGGAAUGACUGUAUGUGGAAGGUAGGAGUGUGUGUGUGUGUGUGUGUGUGUGUGUGUGUGUGUGGCCUUUUCAUUUGAAGACAGAUUUUUGUCUGGCACAGCCCACCUUAUUGGGAUUCCCCCUGCAGACUCACCUCUGAUCAGGGAUGCUGAGGGUAACAAUAUUCGAAAGACCGAUCUCUCAGUGUCCUCCUGUGUCAGGUGCCCAAGUUAAGGAUACUGAACAGGAUGGGUCAGUCAGUUGUCGCACUCCAAACACAAGGGAGCACCUUUGCUGAGUGCUGCCAGCUGCCUGCAUGGGAUCGCAGAAUUAUCAUGGACCCUCGUGAUUCUGAAGGCUCCAGAAGACACUGAGGCCUGAGAGAGAGUGCUGUCUGCAGCUUCUUGGCCAUUUUCCUUCAGCAUGUCUGCCCCUACCAGCCCUUUAGGUGGAGUGACUCCUAAUCCCACCUUGUACUGUACACAGUUCCCCUGCAGUGAGGAAAGAGAUGGUCUAUGAAGACCAACAGGUGAUCCCUGCUAUCAUGUGGCUGGGCCGAGGGAGCACGGUGCCCUCCCAGUCACCAGCUGGUCUCAUAGUCAUAGCCUCUCACCAUGUGAUGGUGCUCCCCACUGGGAGCACUCCCUAUAGUGAAGAGCUGGCCGCUGCUUGGAACCAUACUAAUCAGAGUGCCACUCUGUACAGGUCUGUACAGCAAGAGUGACUGUUUCCUCCAGCCAUGGAUGCUCCCUCUGGCUGCUGAGCCUGGGCAGCUUUUAGGGAUGAUCUCAGGGAUGCCCUGACUCUCGGAAGGGGCAGCGCUCGAGGGACCAGUUCCAGUUAGGCUCUGGGGGGAGCCUGUAAACACUCCUCUGUAGGUGGGAUUGGGGAGAGCCCUGCUUCCCUCCUCUCCUGGCUGUCAACUCUGCUGAUGCUGUGACCUCUUCUUACUGUGGGACAAUCGUCGGUACCCCCAUCAAUUGCAUUUUAAUAAAAUGCUGAUUGGCCAGUA